AAGACUGCGCCGCCACGCAGCUCAUCGACGCGAACCGCGCCUUCAAUGUCGACGGUCUCGACCGGUUCCUCAAGGCCGUGAAACUCGCCAACUAUGGCCUCUCCUACGCCGUCGUCUCCAUCAUAGGCCCUCAGAGCAGCGAGUGCUUUGAGAUGCAUUACGGAUUUGGAUACGGAAGCGGGAGCGGUGCAUCAUAAUGGUGGAUUCUUGGCGUGUUGUCAAGAAAGGGUUUCUUGGAUUUGAAUUUGCUUUGUCAAUUUCACCAACGAUAAUUUUUUGUUAUUAUGUCCAUAGCCUAGCAAAGCUGCCUUGAGACACUAACCAUCAAGACUAAGUCAUCACAUUCUUUCCCCGUUCGAAAUCUACAAGUGCUAAAUCUGACAUUGCUUUGUUAAUGAAGUAAUAUCGACUUGGUUUCAUUCUAGCGCAAAACGUUGUGUAUUGUAUGAGAUUCUGUUGGCACGAAUCUUGAAUGCUUAGUGGUUCUAGUAUGAAGGGGGUACAAACCAAGUGGUACGUCAUGGCAUAGAGUCUCCCUCUGUUGCAUUUUCCAACCGAUACACGCCUAUUAGAGAUGAGAUGGGAAGAUUGCAAUUACUUGAUUAUUUUAACAUCACAAGUUGUGGAUAAGUGAUGAGUUGUUGCUUUCCUGUAUUAUUCAAUCUCUGAGUUUUUUUCUUAUGGAGAUUUUGGAGCUAGUUAAAUGCUUCUAUUUUACAUGGUUCAGGGAAAAGCACCCUUUUGAAUCAUCUCUUUGGCACCAACUUCAGGGAGAUGGAUGCCUUUAAAGGAAGGAGUCAAACUACUAAAGGCAUUUGGAUAGCGAAAGGUGUUGGCAUUGAGCCUUGCACGAUUAUCUUGGACUUGGAGGGAACAGAUGCGAGAGAAAGAGGAGAGGAUGAUACUGCCUUUGAGAAACAAAGUGCCCUAUUUGCUUUGGCUAUUUCUGAUAUUGUACUCAUCAAUAUGUGAGUGGUGCCAUGAUAUUGGUCGGGAGCAUGCUGCUAAUAGGCCUCUUUUAAAGAUGGUGUUUCAGGCUAUGAUGCGAUUAUUCAGUCCUCGCAAGACAACCUUGUUGUUUGUUAUCCGUGACAAAACGAAGACUCCAUUGGAACAUUUAGAACAAGUACUAAGGGAAGACAUCCAGAAGAUUUGGGAUACUGUUUAUAGGCCUCAGGCACACAAGGAAACACUACUGAGUGAAUUUUUCAAUGUGGAGGUUACAGCAUUGGCCAGUUAUGAAGAGAAGGAAGAACUAUUUAAAGAACAGGUUGCACAACUAAGGCAGCGCUUUUUCCAUUCUAUUGCCCCAGGGGGUCUUGCAGGUGAUAGACGAGGUGUUGUUCCUGCUUCAGGAUUUUCCAUUAGCGUACAGCAGAUUUGGAAAGUUAUACGAGAAAAUAAGGACCUUGACCUUCCUGCUCAUAAGAUAAUGGUUGCAACAGUUAGGUGCGAAGAGAUUGCAAAUGAAAAACUCAGAUGUUUGACUUCGGAUAAGGGUUGGUUGGCGUUGGAGGCAUCCGUUCAAGCUGGCUCAGUAUCAGGCUUUGGGAGGAAGCUUGAUUCCAUCCUUGAUGCAUACCUAUCUGAAUAUGACAUGGAAACUUUCUACUUUGAUGAUGGUGUUAGAACCGCAAAACGACAACAAUUAGAGUCCAAAGCACUGCACCUUGUGCAUCCUUCUUUUCAAGCAAUGUUAGGACAUCUGCGUUCUAAAGCACUUGAUAAAUUCAAAAAUGAUCUUGAACAAUCGUUGGAGAGCAGGAAAGGAUUUGCAAUGUCAGUUCGUACUUGUGCCGAAGCCUCCUUGCUUGAGUUUGAUACUGAAUUUACAGAUGUGGCAAUCCAGCAUGCUGAUUGGAAUGCUUCCAAAAUAAGGGAGAAGCUCUGUCAUGACAUUGAAGCUCAUGCAGCUUCUGUUCGUGGUGUUAAAUUAUCUGAACUUAAAGCUUCUUACGAGAAGAUAAUCACUGAAGCCCUUGUUCAACCUGUGGAAUCACUGUUUGAUUCUGCUGCUCAAGACAUUUGGGCAUCUAUACGAGAACUUUACAGGCAUGAGACUGAGAAUGCUAUAUCAGGGUAUUCAUCUUCGCUUGCUGGUUUUGAACUGGACCAGUCUACCUUUGAUAAGAUGAUGGCAGAUCUAAAGAAUUAUGCAAGAGGUGUAGUGGUAAGAAAAAUAAGAGAGGAAGCAGGCAAGGUUCUGAUUCAUAUGAAGGAUAGGUUUUCAACAGUAUUUAGCCAUGACAAGGAUUCCAUGCCUAGGGUCUGGACUGGGAAGGAGGAUGUUAGGAAGAUCACAGAGGAGGCACGUGCUGUGGCUCUGAAACUUUUAGCUGCAAUGGCAGCCAUCCGGCUGGAUGACCAGCCAGAUAAGAUCGAGAAUAUUCUUAGUUCUUCUCUUAUGGAUGGUCCUGUUAUAAAAAAUAGAACCAUAGAGGCUUCUAGAGAUCCUCUUGCCUCAAGCACAUGGGAGGGGGUGCCUCCAGAAAAUACGGUGAUUACACCAGUGCAGUGUAAAUCAAUUUGGAAGCAAUUCAAAGUUGAAACAGAGUAUACCGUCAGCCAAGCAAUUUCUUCACAGGAAGCUUUCAAACACAAUAAAAGUUGGUUGCCUCCUUCAUGGGCAAUUGUUACAAUUGCGAUCCUAGGUUUCAAUGAAUUUAUGAUGCUUCUUCGGAAUCCUUUGUAUCUUGCCAUACUAUUUAUACUUUUCAUUCUGUCGCGAGUAGUAUGGUAUGAACUCAAUAUUGCUGGAGAAUUUCAAAAUGGCACGCUUUCUGGACUUCUUGCAAUAUCAACAAGAUUUUUACCAUCAGUUAUGAACAUUCUAAAAAGAGUUGCUGGUGAAGGUAACAGACAUCAUCAAGCUGCACAAUCUUUGCAAUCCCUGCCCUCCACUGCACAGACUCCUAGGAAUCAGGAACCGGAAAUGUGAUCAUGCAUCUGAUAAUAUCGUUGCAAAGAAAUUGUAAAGUAAUCAAAUGUAUAUGUACAGAUGUGUAUUUAUAUAUAAAUUAAAGGUUGUUUAAUUAAGAAUAAGAACUGGGAUAGAAUUUGUACCAACAGUUUGUGAAUGCACAACUGUAAAUGUGUGUAUGCCUUCUUUCAAAUCUGAGUUCUUCCCAGAAACUGGUAGUCUCGA